UCCUUUAAUAUACAGUCAGUGACCAUUAGCGAGCUCUCCUCAACUCUCGCGAUACCACGAGGCGGAAGGCAUUAGGAAAAUAUCCCCGCACUCGUCAACUGGAGCCGCUUACGUUGAGCAGCGAGCAGCGAUAGUUUUUAAAAGACAAGAGGAGAGUGGACUGUUUGUUUUGAUUAAAACCCGGCGCUGAACGGGGGUUACAUAGUUGUUCACAUCCGCUUUAAACUGACCAGUGUAAGGGGCGAGUGUUUCAUGUUUUGCAGUUUUAGGUGUGCGCGUGGACACUUCCAACUGGCGGAUCGCAUCAGUUGGCCCGGAGGGUCAUCGUCCUUCGACGACACCCUAUGCUCCGUAACUGUUUAGAAAAUGACCGGAGAGAAGAUCCGCUCCCUGCGGAAGGAUCAGCAGAGGCCGAGCAAGGACGAGGAUUUACUGGAGCCGGACGAGGAGGCUGCGACCGGGACCUUCACUGCCUCCAAGACGAACAACAAGAGCAGAGCGAGUAAAAUCUUCAGCAACCACAAGUUGGUCAAGUCGUCGUCCACACAACAGCAGCAGCAACAACAGUCACAUGCGAACGCUAACACCAACACGCUUUCAACGGCGAAUGUUGUCGAUGACAACAACAAGAACCCAAUCAUUCGAACCGGGCUGGACUUCCCAGUGCAUGAAUGUGUGUUUAAGGGAGAUGUCCGGCGACUUUCUUCGCUCAUUCGGACGCAGAACAUCGCCCAGAAAGAUGUGCAUGGAAACACUCCACUGCAUCUUGCUGUCAUGAUGGGGCAAAAAGAGUGUGCCCACCUUCUGCUGGCCCACAAUGCACCAGUGAAAGUGAAGAAUGCUCAGGGAUGGAGCCCCCUCGCAGAGGCCAUUAGCUAUGGAGACCGACAGAUGAUCACAGCAUUGCUGAGGAAGCUCAAGCAGCAGUCCAGGGAGAGUGUGGAGGACAAGAGGCCCAAGCUGCUAAACGCUCUGAAAGAGCUUGGUGAUUUUUACUUGGAGCUUCACUGGGACUUCCAAAGUUGGGUGCCUUUGCUCUCCAGAAUCCUGCCUUCGGAUGCGUGCAAGAUCUACAAGCAGGGCAUUAACAUCAGAUUGGACACUACACUGAUAGACUUCACAGACAUGAAGUGCCAGCGCGGUGACCUCAGCUUCAUCUUCAACGGCAAUGCCAUCCCCUCCGAGUCCUUUGUUGUGCUAGACAACGAACAGAAAGUCUACCAGCGGAUACAUCACGAGGAGUCAGAGAUGGAGACGGAGGAGGAAGUGGACAUCCUGAUGAGCAGCGAUGUUUACUCCGCCACACUCUCCACCAAGUCUAUCACUUUCUCAAGGGCGCAGACUGGCUGGCUGUUUAGAGAAGACAAAACGGAGCGCGUGGGAAAUUUCCUGGCAGAUUUCUACUCUGUGAACGGCCUGGUCCUUGAGUCCAGGAAGAGGCGGGAGCAUCUGAGUGAGGAAGAUAUCUUACGGAACAAAGCCAUCAUGGAGAGCCUGAGCAAGGGAGGAAACCUCAUCGAGCAGAACUUUGAGCCGGUGAGGAGACAGUCUCUUACUCCCCCAUCACCCAACACUGUCUCCUGGGAAGAAUACAUCACUGCUGAUAAUGGAAAAGCACCUCAUCUAGGAAGAGAGCUGAUCUGCAAAGAGAGCAAGAAAAACUUCAAGGCCACCAUAGCCAUGAGUCAAGACUUCCCUCUGGGCAUUGAAUCGUUGUUAAAUGUUCUGGAGGUGAUUGCACCCUUCAAGCACUUUAAUAAACUCAGGGAGUUUGUGCAGAUGAAGCUCCCUCCCGGUUUUCCUGUCAAACUUGACAUCCCCGUCUUUCCCACAAUCACAGCCACGGUGACGUUUCAGGAGUUUCGCUACGACGAGUUUGAUGAGAGCAUUUUUACCAUUCCCAAUGAGUACAAAGAAGAUCCGAGCCGCUUCCCUGAUCUUUAACCUUGCACACACAUGUACUACAGAACAACAUUGUGCAACAAAAACUAACUCUUUUAAAUACAAAAGGAAAACUGGAGGGAUAAAAAAAAAAAAACUCUGAUGAAAAAAGACUUCAAAGAUAACAGACAUGGCCUCAUGAGACAUGAUGGCCAAC